CAAAACCCAGACCCCCAGGUCCCGGCCAAUGGAGGCGGUUUAGACUGCAGCGGGACCGCGUCUGUCAAAAAAAGUCCGAGUCGGCAGCGGCGGCAGAGUCCAGGAGGGAGAGCUGCAGCCGCCGCGCUGCCUCCCCGCCCCCGCCGGGAUUUAUUGAGUAUUUGGACUGGACAAUUAAGUGGCCCUGAUGAUGUUACCAAGCCCGGUCACCUCCACCCCUUUCUCAGUCAAAGACAUUUUGAAUCUGGAGCAGCAGCAGCACUUCCACGGAGCGCACUUACAGGCGGACUUGGAGCAGCACUUCCACUCGGCGCCCUGCAUGCUGGCCGCCGCCGAGGGGGCGCAGUUCUCGGACGGAGGGGACGAGGACGAAGACGAGGAGGGUGACAAACUGUCCUAUUUGAACUCUCUGGCCGCAGCCGACGCGCACGGAGACGCGGGGCUCUGUCCGCAGAGCUUUGUCCACACAGUGCUGCGAGACUCGUGCGGUGGGCCCAAGGAACACGAAGAGGAGUCGGAGGUCCGCAGGGAGAGGAGCCAAAAAAGCUGCCCGCUGAAGAAACCUCUGGAGGCGGCCGGAGACUGUGAGGCGGCGGAGGAGAGCGAGAGGCCGAAGCCGCGCAGCCGCCGGAAGCCACGGGUCCUCUUCUCGCAAGCUCAGGUCUUCGAGCUGGAGCGCAGGUUCAAGCAGCAACGAUACCUGUCCGCGCCCGAGCGUGAGCACCUGGCCAGCAGCCUGAAACUCACGUCCACGCAAGUGAAAAUCUGGUUCCAGAAUCGCAGGUACAAGUGCAAGAGACAGCGGCAGGACAAGUCCCUGGAGCUGGGCGCGCACGCACCGCCGCCGCCUCCGCGCCGCGUGGCGGUGCCGGUGCUGGUGCGGGACGGCAAGCCGUGCGUCACGCCCGGCGCGCAGGCCUACGGCGCGCCCUACAGCGUGGGCGCCGGCGCCUAUUCCUACAACAGCUUCCCUGCCUACGGUUACGGGAACUCGGCCGCCGCGGCCGCCGCCGCCGCCGCUGCCGCCGCCGCUGCGGCCUACAGCGGCAGCUACGGCUGUGCGUACCCGGCGGGCGGCGGCGGCGGAGGUGGAGGAGCCGGCAGCGGGGCCUCGGCGGCGACCACGGCCAUGCCACCCGCCUGCAGCGCGGCUGGGGGAGGACCUUUCGUGAACGUGAGCAAUCUGGGCGGUUUUGGCGGCGGUGGCGCGCAGCCCUUGCACCAGGGCGCGGCCGCCGGGGCCGCGUGUGCGCAAGGCACCUUGCAGGGCAUUCGGGCCUGGUAG